AUGUGUACCAGAACUUCCCGUUUCCAUCUCGCUCAGGAAAUGCCGCCCUUUCAUCAGGAUUCUUCUUGCUCAUUCGACGUUGUAUUCUUCCAGCUGCGCCUCAUCUGUCUCUGCGCCUCAGGAACUUGUGAGUUCGCAAAGGGACGCCAGAGAAAAAGAUGUCAAGCGGAAAAGGAGUCUACAACAAGGCGACUUCAAACGGAUACAAUCGUGUACUUGGUCCCUCUUCGUCAGGAGCACCAAUCAUCAAUCGUCUGCUUCGUCCCACGGUUCCCGGUUAGGUGGCUUCAGGUUUUGUCGGCUGCGCCGCUGAGAACGGAAUAUCGGUUUUAUGUGUCUUGUGUCUUUUCGUGA